AUGGCUUCUAUGACAUUGAGGCGAUGUGUUGUCGCGGGGCGCUACGCUUCUUCUUCUUCUACAUUUGGAUCCAAACAACAGCAACCGAUUCUGAUUCGAUGCCAAUCGUCGUCUGGUCGAUCGUCCAAGCCGGAAUCCCUGUUGGAUUCGGCAGCGCACUACUAUUCCCAACUCCGCUGGAGAAUUGCCACCAGUUUGACGGAGAGUCUUUCGAAAGACGAGCAAAAGGUGCUGCUAGGUCGGUUGAACAUUGAAAAUCCACAAGAACAAAAAGGCAAAAGUGAGGAAGAAAUUCAACAAGAAACCAAACAUUCCAUUCAAGAAGCCGUGGCGGCAGCACGGGCCGAAGAAGCGCAAAAGCUAACGGCAGCAUUGAAACAACAACAAGCCAAACUGACCGCCGAGGCGGAAGAAGCUACCCGAAAACGUGUGGAAAAUGAACUGAUCAUCCAACAACGACGCUUGAACUUUGAAACCUGGCAGAAGGACGUGGAAAAAGACAAGGAGGAAAAACAACAGAAACUAGUGGCCGAAAAAGAAGAACAGCAAGAGUCGUUCUAUCAAGAACCCACUGCCAUUAGUGAUCAUCCCAUUUUGGGAACUGCCAUUGUCGAUUUGGGAUACAAGCGAAUCCAUAUCACCAGCAUUCAGGUCCUUAAAACACUUCCUGUCUGGAAAAAGCAACGCACGUAUCGUCACAAGAGAGCCAAGGACAUGGCAGAAGACAAAAUGAAAACUCUUCAUUUGGGCAUGCCUGGCAUCAUUGCAUUAUACGAGGACUCCAAGGGGGCAUUGAGUAUUAUUGAUGGACAACAUCGAGUCGCAAUGAUGACCCUUUUGGAGGAAAAGAAAGAGGCUGCAGAAGACCAGAGUGAAUUCUUUGAUUUGGACUCCAUUCUAGUCGAAGUGUUUCCAGAAGACAAUCAGCAGGGAACAGACAGCAGCAGUAGUGAAACAUCCUCCUCGGCUCAUGCGCAGGAGAUCUUUUUGGAAAUCAACAAAGCGGAACCCGUCAAAUUGGUAGACUUGCCCGGAAUCAAGCUGACGGAGAAAGAUCGAAAGGUCAUCAACGAUGGAGCAUCCCGCUUGGAAGAAGCCUUUCCGGACAUGUUCAGCAAUAGUCAACGAUGCCGCUCCCCACAUUUGAACAUUGACAAUCUACGCGAUGCCCUGUUUGCUUCCGAAAUUAUCAAGCGACACGGAUUGAAAUCCGCCAAGGCGAUGGAGACGUGGAUGUUGGAACAGAACCAGAAAAUGAAGCAAGAGUACACAUCGGAAACGUCGCAGAAAGCAAAAACUGUUACUCCAUCAGCAUUGAAGAAGGCAAUCAAAUAUGAUUUCUUCUUGGGGCUUGAUAGUUCAUGGUUGUAUGCCUGA